CUCCAAGGCUCUGGGAUAAGAAGACUGAAACUUGUGUGGCCUUUCUGCGCAUGCGCGUCCGCUUCUCUCCUCCUCCAGGCUCCUCCCAUCAGGGAAGGAAAAGAUGUCGCUUACAUUGGGAGGUGAAGAUUUCUUUCUGGAAGAGGAUAAAUUCAAGCAGGAUUGUAUAGAAUUUAUCAAGUUCUCACAACAAAUGGGAGACAACUGGCAGUGGAAAAAUAUAAAGGACUCCACUGAUGGCUACAUGACUAAAACACACUUUCAGAUGAAAGGUGAAAGUGUUUCUUCAAACAGAGGGGAAAUAGUGAACGAUGAAGUAACAUUUGCACAUAUGGAGGAAGGUCUGGAUGACUUUCAAGCGGCUGGCAUCUCUGCAACAUCAGAGGUGAUACGCUAUGAAUACCACAUUCUGUACUCCUGCAGUUACCAGGCUCCUGUGCUUUAUUUUCGGGCAUGUUUUUUAGAUGGAAGACCUUUAACUCUGGAUGAAAUAUGGAAAGGUGUGCAUGAAUAUUAUAAGGAGCGCCUUUGGCAGGGUCCCUGGGACACUAUUACACAACAGGAACAUCCAUUACUUGGACAGCCUUUCUUUGUACUUCAUCCUUGCCGAACAAAUCAAUUUAUGUCAUCAGUAUUAUCAAGUUCACAUAAACAAAACAGGAGUACAAAUUACAUCAUCUCAUGGCUAAGUAUUGUAGGCCCAGUGGUGGGUCUCAAUCUGCCUUUGGAUUAUGCAAAAGCUGUUACUGAGCAAAGUUCAAGUGCUGAUUAAAGAGAUUUGGUACAAGUGGCGGAGUCUAAAGGUGCCACUCUACUGCUGUAGCUCAUCUCAGAUAUGAAGCUAAGGAAAAUGUCAUGUCUAACAAGCUGUUGCAGUCACGACAAGAUGCUUCAGUGGAGAUCACAUUUCUCUGAUACGUGUCUGAGGAUAACCAAGCCGUGGAUUCCGUUCUAAUUGUAACAAGGAUGAUGCAUUGUCCCACCAGGAAGAAAAUGUCAGUUCAAUUGAUAGUUGGACUGAUGUUAAGUGGAAAAAAUAUUCUUCCUCUAAACUGACAGAGUGAUUUGGGAAAACUUGGGUGGAAAAAUAUUACCAAAGGAAUUUGAAGCUUACAGUAAUAAUAAGAGUCUCUCUAUCAUUACUGCUAUAGCUUAUGAGGCCCCAUGGAAUGGGAUUGGUUCUUUCAAGCUUUUCGCUUGCUCCUAUUUUUGCUUAGCAGGAUGAAUUAGCAGCAUUAAUACAAUAAAAAAAUAAACAGAUUGGUUUACACAUUA